AUGCCCCCAUCUCUCACGCCACUCUCUACAUGCCCCCACCCUCACGCCACUCUCUACAUGCCCCCUCUCUCACGCCACUCUCUACAUGCUCCCACCCCUCACGCCACUCUCUACAUGCCCCCAGCCUCACGCCUCUCUCUACAUGCCCCCACCCAUCACGCCACUCUCUACAUGCCCAAACCCCCUCACUCCAUUCUCUACAUGUCUCCAUCCGACAAGCCUCUCUCUACAUGUCCUCAGCCCACACGCCUCUCUCUACAUGUUCCCACCCAUCAAGCCACGUUCUACAUGCCCCCACCCAUCACGACGCCUCUCUCUACAUGCCCCCACCCCACACACCACUCUCUACAUCCCUCCACCCCACACACCACUCUCUACAUGCCUCCACCCCUCACACCACUUUCUACAUGCCUCCACCCCUCACCCCACUCUCUACAUGCCUCCACCCCUCACACCACUCUCUACAUGCCAACACCCCUCACGCCGCUCUCUACAUGCCCCAACCCACACACCACUCUCUACAUGCCUCCACCCCUCACACCACUCUCUACAUGCCUCCACCCCUCACCCCACUCUCUACAUGUCCCCACCCCUCACCCCACUCUCUACAUGCCCCCACCCCUCACCCCACUCUCUACAUGUCCCUCACCCCACACACCACUCUCUACCUGCCUCCACCCCUCACCCAACUCUCUACAUGCCUCCACCCCUCACACCACUUUCCACCUGCCUCCACCCCUCACGCCUCUCUCUACAUGCCCCCACCCCUCACACCACUCUCUACAUGCCCCCACCCCUCACGCCUCUCUCUACAUGCCCCCACCCCUCACACCACUCUCUACAUGUCCCCACCCCUCACGCCGCUCUAUACAUAUCCCCACCCCUCACCCCACUCUCUACAUGCCCCAAACCCAUCACCCCACUCUCCACGUGCCCCCACCCCUCACGCCGCUCUCUACAUGCCCCCACCCUUCACCACAUUCUCUGCAUGCCCCCACCCCUCACCCAACUCUUUACAUGGUACAGAAGACGGUAGUUAAUGGUUACGUGGUACAGAAGACGGUAGUUAAUGGUUCCGUGGUACAGAAGACGGUAGUUAAUGGUUCCGUGGUACAGAAGACGGUAGUUAAUGGUUACGUGGUACAGAAGACGGUAGUUAAUGGUUCCGUGGUACAGAAGACGGUAGUUAAUGGUUCCGUGGUACAGAAGACGGCAGUUAAUGGUUACGUGGUACAGAAGACGGCAGUUAAUGGUUCCGUGGUACAGAAGACGGCAGUUAAUGGUUACGUGGUACAGAAGACGGUAGUUAAUGGUUCCGUGGUACAGAAGACGGCAGUUAAUGGUUACGUGGUACAGAAGACGGUAGUUAAUGGUUCCGUGGUACAGAAGACGGCAGUUAAUGGUUCCGUGGUACAGAAGACGGUAGUUAAUGGUUACGUGGUACAGAAGACGGUAGUUAAUGGUUCCGUGGUACAGAAGACGGUAGUUAAUGGUUCCGUGGUACAGAAGACGGCAGUUAAUGGUUACGUGGUACAGAAGACGGCAGUUAAUGGUUACGUGGUACAGAAGACGGCAGUUAAUGGUUACGUGGUACAGAAGACGGCAGUUAAUGGUUCCGUGGUACAGAAGACGGCAGUUAAUGGUUACGUGGUACAGAAGACGGUAGUUAAUGGUUCCGUGGUACAGAAGACGGCAGUUAAUGGUUACGUGGUACAGAAGACGGUAGUUAAUGGUUACGUGGUACAGAAGACGGUAGUUAAUGGUUCCGUGGUACAGAAGACGGCAGUUAAUGGUUACAUGGCACAGAAGACGGUAGUUCAUGGUUGCAUGACACAGAAGACGGUAGUUAAUGGCAACAUGACACUGAAGGCGCUAAACCAGAGACAGAAGGUACAAUGUGACCAACGAUCCAUAUUGGAGGAGAAGGAUGUGCCUAACAACAACAACGCUUCCUAG